CUCUCCGGGAUCAGGGAGAAACGCUCAAGCGAGUCGAGAAGCAACAGCCAGAGCAGAGACUUGGACAUUACAUACCGCCUAACCUACUACUACUACUACUACUACUACUACAGCGGACCCGGCCGGACUCCAUACACACUUUAUCCCAGCAGCAUAGAGGAGUGGAAAAGUUUGGAGAAAUGCAGUCAGUGUACCAGCACCUGAUCAGCCUGCUGUUUGUCUUCAGCAGCCUGCAGGUUAUCCAGCUGACGGAGGGCUGCUCGUGCGCUCUGACGCACCCGCAAGACGCCUUCUGCAACUCCGACAUAGUGAUUCGGGCUAAAGUCGUGGGCAAGAAGCUCCUGAGAGAUGGACCUUUCGGAACGAUGCGCUACACAGUCAAGCAAAUGAAGAUGUACAAAGGAUUCGACAAAGUCCAGCACGUGCAGCACAUUUACACGGACGCUUCAGAGAGUUUGUGUGGUGUGAAGUUUGACAUCAACAAGUACCAGUACCUGAUCACAGGUCGAGUGUACGAUGGCAAGGUCUACACGGGGCUGUGCAACUUCAACGAGCGGUGGGAGCGCCUCUCAUUGGCCCAGAAGAAAGGCAUCAACCAUCGCUACCAGCUGGGCUGCAACUGCAGGAUUAAGCCCUGCCACUACCUGCCAUGCUUCGUGACCUCAAAGAACGAGUGCCUAUGGACGGACAUGCUGUCCCACUUCGGCUAUCCCGGCUACCAGUCCCGGCACUACGCCUGCAUCCAGCAGAAGGAGGGCUACUGCAGCUGGUACCGGGGCAUGGCCGCACGCGACAAAACCACCAUCAACGCCACCGACCCCUGAACCCCAAACGCACCCUGCCCCAAAUCCACUGCCGCCUCCCUGACUGCGUCCUAUCCCGAUAUCUUCUAGAGUAUUACAGGACUCUUUAAGCUCACUGGCCAGGGUGUCAGCCUCUUUAAAAGGGGCAAAAAAAGGAGAAAAGAACAAAUCCAUUACAGUGCCUGUUUCGUAGCACUUCUGAUUGAAAACAAUACCUUUUUUUUUGUUGUGCAGAUCGCCCUGUUUAACUUUAAUUUCCGCAAAUCAAAUUCCUUGCACCAAACCUUCUCUUCAGGGUCCAGUGGUUAAAAGACAGAUAUUUAUAAGGCCAAUAAGAAGUGGAAGACCUUGAUAAACCUCUAUUGGAUAUUCAGAUUUCUUUUUUUAACCGAACUGACCUCUAAACAAUUAAAAGUAUUUAAUUGGUGUUAAUUAGUGACCUGCAGUUAGCCUACUGCUAACCUAGUAUUAUGGUCAUUUUGUGCAUUGAGGCAGUUUCUUCUGAAAAGCAAGGACUGAAGGUCAGAUGAAUUUCAAUCAAUGAAAAACGAACAGCCAAUGAUCUCUAUGUACAUUUAGAUGUUAGAUUGCUACACUUGCUAGCAUUACAACAUAACAAACUUCUGCAGUUCUACACAUCAACAAUACAGAUGGAGUGCCAAUGUGAGGUUUGACCUCGCAUAAGUUAAUAUCCCUUAUAUUUUUUUGGAAAAUGGUAUUGUUUUACAGUGAAGUAUACAUAGAUUAUCUUCACAGUUUUUACUGUAACGUGUCUUUAUGGAUAGUAGUAUCUCUGCUUACCUGAAUGUUUGCAAUGUAACUCAUUUUGCAGUUAUAUCACAAACGACGUCCUUUCUGUUGAGCACUGUUGAAUAUCAGAGAAGAGCUAGAAAUCUCUGUGUUACAGUGCUAACGCAGGGACGAGCUCACUUCUUGCAGAGAUGGUGAUAUUUUAUUUUUUGCUGUAUAUAACAUAAGCUACAGAAAUGAACUAUCAACUCAGCUGAAACCUCUGUAAUACAUUUAUUUAUGUUUAUUGGAUGACACAGUAACUAUGUGGUAUUAUCUGCAAAAAAAAAGAAGAACAAAAUAUAUAAUAACAGUACAUUGCGACAACCAUCAAAUCCUGUGCAACCUUCCAGAAUGAAGGACCAGCAUUUCCAGUGGUAUGGUACUUGUGGUACUUCUGUUUGUUAGUUUGAUCAUAGUUCCCCUGACUGGUACUCUACAUCAAUCCAAUGAAAGACAAGUAUAAGCAGAGGUUUCAGACAUUGAGAUAUUUUUUAAGUGUAUAUUCAAUCUUUUUGUAUUUAACUAUUUCAAAUGGACAUUAUAUAUAUAUAUAUAUAUAUAUAUAUAUAUAUAUAUAUAUAUAUGAAAGUAACAAUAUUGUCACUAAAUUCAUUUUUCAUCACCUGUUCCUAUCUAGGGUUUUUUCUUAUUUUCUUUCCCAGUGCCAUACCUUCAGUCCAUUCCAUGAACAGACACAGAUUUGUUUCAAAGGGAGUAACAUCCCCUUCAUCACUGACACUGAGAAAAUAUUAGAUCGCUAAUGCACUGUGGCUUUGACCAAGUUGGUUGUUUUCAAAAGAGUAGUUUGACAUUUUGGGAAAUAUGCUUAUUUGCUUUCUUGCUUGGAGCUAGAUGAGCGUUUUUCCUUUACAUGGUACCUGCUCGACUCAACUCGAGUCUACUCUCCUUUUUUUGGUUUUCCAUUA